AUGUUGCGCCAGUCCCUAGUUCGCCUGAUCCACUCGCGGUCGUCCCUGCUCUGUCUGCAGCUGUCAGUGGGCACUGCCAAGCGGAGAGCACUUUCCACGGCACAGAACACCGGCAAGGGCUUGGAUCUCACCUGGCAACUACUCGCCGGUGGCGCUAUCGCCGGCGGAUCGACCUACAUCGCCCACCACUAUGGCUAUCUGGGGGGAUCCAAGUCUGGAGGACAUCAUGACGACGACGGCCACCACCACCAGAAAGGAGAUGCUUCAAAGUCGGCUUCAACAGUAGAGCCUGUACUCGUGAAAGGCCUUCCUGAAUCGGUGCCCUUUUUAAUUGUCGGAGGUGGCACUGCCGCUUUCGCCGCCUCUCGGGCCAUUCGCUCAAACGAUCCAAAGGCUCGAGUGUUGCUGAUCUCAGCGGAAAAUCAUUACCCGUACAUGAGACCACCACUGUCAAAGGAGCUCUGGUACAGCGGCUCUGAGGUGAAGAAAGAGUUUACCUUCAAGCAAUGGAACGGACGCGAAAAGAGCAUCUUCUUUGAGCACGAAGAGUUCUACCUUCCGCUUGAACAGUUUGAGUCGGCACCCAAUGGCGGCAUCACCGUAGUGAAAUGUCAACGCGUGGUGAAAAUUGAUGCCACUGAUCGCAAAGCAUUCCUCGAAAACGGACAAAUCAUUUCCUACGGAAAGUGUUUAAUUGCCACAGGCGGUGAACCGAAGAACCUUCAAGUUUUUGAGAAUGUUGCUCCUGAAAUAGAGAACCGGGUCAUUCUCUACCGAAACGUAGACGACUUCAAGCGCCUCAAUGAGCUCUUCUCCAAAUCGAAAUCAAUUACCAUUAUCGGUGGCGGCCUUUUGGGCAGUGAGCUGGCCUGUGCACUUGCCGACAAGUCAAGACGGGCCAAAGCUAAAGUGCAAUUGAACCAACUGAUGCCUGAACAGGGCGUCCUGGAGAGGAUACUGCCUCAGUACUUGAGCAAUUGGUGCUCUAAAAAAGUGAUGGAAGAAGGCGUUAAUUUGAUACCAUCCGCCACUGUAAAGGACGUCCAACUCAAUAACAAUCAACUGGCACUGUCGCUGACCAAUGGAGAGACGCUGAAGACUGAUUAUGCCAUCGUGGCAGUCGGCCUAAACCCCAACGUCGAGCUGGCAGAGACCUCAAGUCUUGAGGUGGAUGAUACCCUCGGCGGGUACCGAGUGAAUGCCGAGUUGGAAGUGCGAAGCAAUCUCUGGGUGGCCGGCGAUGCCGCCUGCUUCUACGACCAAAAGCUAGGCCGCAGACGGGUGGAGCACCACGACCAUGCUGUGGUCAGCGGGCGACUGGCUGGCGAGAACAUGACCGGCGCCGGUAAGCCGUACUGGCACCAGUCCAUGUUCUGGUCCGACCUGGGCACCGAGGUGGGCUUUGAGGCCAUCGGCGUCAUCGACUCUUCCCUGCCUACCUUUGGCGUCUUUGCGAAGAACGGCGCCGAGGCGAGUGAGGGCUUUCGAGAGCCCCAGGAGGACGACAAGUACAAGAAGGGCGUCAUCUUCUACCAGCGCAACAACACCGUCGUGGGCAUCGUCCUCUGGAACCUCUACAACAACAUGCACAUUGCUCGGCGCGUCCUCAACGACGGCGUACAGAACCAGGAUCUGAAUGAGGUCGCCAAGCUGUUUGCCCUUUAUCCGUCUGAGGUGGAGGAGGAUGAGCACGGUACAGCUGGGGCAGUUGGAGCAGUUGCUGAACAGACAACGGAUGCUGCUGCUGAACAGUAA